CACUAGUGCAGACCACUGUUGUGUGCGGCAGUCUACUCGUUGUGUUUGCUGCUGGCUCCCCUCUGUCGGCCAUUAGAGCUCGGUUCCAUCCCCACUGUACAGCGCAGGCCCGAAGUAGCGCAGCCGCUCUGAGUCUUUGUACCGUGGAUCCAGCUGUGUAGACCAGGUGGCCAAUAAUGGAUGAGCACGUCAUUCACCAGACGGAACACAUGACCACCAUCGAGGCCAGCGCCGUCAGCCAACAAGUUCAUCAGGUACACGUGGCCACCUUUACGGAAGCAUCCAUGAUGAGCGCUGAGGAAGACUCGACGUCUUCGCCAGAUGAUGAUCCUUACGACGACACGGACAUCCUCAACUCGGCUGGCACUGAUGAGAUCACCGCUCACCUGGCGGCCGCAGGGCCAGUAGGCAUGGCAGCUGCUGCUGCCGUGGCAACUGGUAAGAAAAGAAAGAGGCCUCAUAUCUUUGAAUCCAACCCCUCCAUCCGCAAGAGGCAGCAGACUCGUCUGCUCAGGAAACUGCGAGCCACCCUGGACGAGUACACCACCAGAGUGGGCCAACAGGCCAUAGUGCUGUGUAUCUCUCCCUCCAAACCCAACCCUGUGUUCAAGGUGUUUGGCGCUGCUCCUCUGGAGAACGUGGUGAGGAAGUAUAAGGGCAUGAUGUUGGAGGAUCUGGAGAACGCUCUGGCUGAACAUGCCCCCGCUUGUGGAGACCUGGCCUCAGAGCUGCCCCCCCUCACAAUUGAUGGCAUACCUGUUUCUGUGGACAAAAUGACGCAGGCCCAGCUGCGAGCGUUCAUCCCAGAAAUGCUGAAGUACUCGACGGGCCGAGGGAAGCCUGGCUGGGGUAAGGAGAGCUGCAAGCCGUUGUGGUGGCCAGAGGACAUCCCUUGGGCCAAUGUCCGCAGUGACGUCCGCACAGAGGAGCAGAAACAGAGGGUGUCUUGGACGCAGGCGUUGCGGACCAUCGUUAAGAACUGCUACAAGCAGCACGGUCGUGAGGAUCUGUUGUACGCUUUUGAAGAUCAUAUAACUACGACAACCACCGCCCAUCACCAUAUGACCACUGCGCAGAGUAUCGCUCACCUUGUGCCCCAACAAACUGUGGUACAGACCGUCAACAACCCUGAUGGAACGGUCUCGCUCAUCCAGGUUGGCACAGGACACACAGUUGCCACCUUGGCAGAUGCGUCGGAGCUGCCCGGUGUUACGGUUGCGCAGGUCAACUACACCACUGUGACUGAUGGAGAGAUUUUCCCUCUGCAGGUGGAGCAGAACUGGGCCACCCUCCAGGGCGGCGAGAUGACAAUUCAAACUACUCACGCCUCAGAGGCCACACAGGCAGUAGCAUCCCUGGCUGAAGCCGCUAUAGCUGCCAGUCACGAAAUGCAUCCCGGAGCCACAGUCACAAUGGCUCUUAACAGUGAGGCAGCAGCCCAUGCUGUUGCGACGUUGGCAGAAGCCACCCUACAAGGCGGAGGGCAGAUUGUCCUGGCGGAGACAGCAGCUGCUGUUGGGGCACUGGCAGGGGUUCAAGAUGCCACAGGUCUGGUCCAGAUCCCAGUCAGCAUGUACCAGACCGUCGUGACCAGCCUCGCCCAUGGCAACAGGCCCGUCCAGGUUGCCAUGGCACCUGUCACCACACGCAUAGAUAACACUGUCACGUUGGACGGACAGGCAGUGGAGGUUGUGACCCUUGAACAGUGACAAUUAAGGCCCUGGAAGGAGUAGGAGGCACUGAACGGCCGCCGUGGGGAUUUGUUAUCCUACUUUUUCCAGAUCAUCACGCUGUGUACAAUGUCAAAUAUAUUUUAAAUGUACAUCUGCAGGGGAAGUCAGAGUGAGUUAUCAAUGUGUUUACUAUGUAAAGAUAUUGCUUUUGUUGGUGUACUUUUUCUCCCAUUUAGCUUCAUGUUUUUUUGUUUUUUUAGCUCUGUGAUGUUGAGUAUUUAGUAUUUAUUUCUUUACAAUGAACCUUUACUUCAAAACUAAGAUGAACCAAAAAGCCCGGAGGAAAGUCACCACUGCUUCCACAGUGUGUAACUAUCACUGUUAUGAAUUUUCAUUAUUGUCUCUGUGCUUGACUGUUUUGUUUUUAGGAUGCAUUUACAAUUCAGUGCCAUAGUCAGAGAUCGCACCUCUUCCGUUUCCUAUAUCCUUGAUCACUAUUCUAAAUUUCACUGUUUCCACCUCAACCUAAAACUCCAGCAUUUGAGCUCCCAGACAUUUCUCACAUUAGAUUCUGAAAUAUUAUGUUAAAAUACCAUCUUGUGUGCGUUUCCCUUUGCUGUUUUAGUGUAGUCCACGCACAUGCCAAGAUUUGUGAAGACUCAGGAUUUACAUGGAGCUGUUUUUUACUGCUGGACUGCUGAGCUUUUGUCCUGAAGCAGCCAUUUUGUCUACCGGAUCCAUUUAUGUCCAGUGCAUGGAUAGGGGCACCCCUCGCUAUGUUAUUUUUGUAACAUGAACAUGUAUGUCACUGAGGACUUGUUGGAUCACUGCAUCACUUUGUAUAUCACAGGAAGUUCAUAUACUUGGACAGGGGCUGCAGUAUGUGUGAUGACGCUAAUAUUAAAUAUAUUGCAACAAAACAUUUGCUUGCCAAGAAUCAACUUAGUUCAAAGCAGCUGUAACAGUUGGUUCAACUCUCACCACUAUUUAAAAAAUAAAGUCCAGACUGUUUACCAUUC